AUGGUAUUGUCUCAUCACUCUCUCUCCUCUCAUUGAUGUUUUGACUUGUGUAAUUAUUGUGAUAUCAUUCAUUCAUGUUCGCGCUUUCUCCUGCUGUCUUUUUAGCAAUUAAUUGCAUUUGAGUACCUGGGAUCCCUCUGAUCAACUUGAUCAUUAGCAUGCGGGUUAGGUAAUAAUUUGUCCGGUCGUUCAUGAUAAAGCGCGGAGUAUCGUGUGUUUUUAACAUAGAAUUGAGAUUCUACAAGUCUUUAUCUGCUCUUCUACUUCCCUUCCAGUCAUUUCCAGCAGUGAGGUCGAGUGGAAGUGUAACAGAGCCGUAGUAGUGCAAGCAAUCCGGUUAUAAUGGACAACACAUCGUCUCUUUCACAGGGCUCUCUAAAUUUCAAUUCCAGAUUUGAGACCUCUACCUAUGGUGUAGAGAAUGGCACUGAUGCUGAAGCUGAUGCUUCAGAAGACACUCGUGUUGUCAAAGAUGGAGGUAGUGAAAGUCCUUCGUUCAACUUCAUGGAGCAUCACGAUUUGCCUAACGAAAUCUCUGCUCCGUAUGAGGUCCCUCAAUUCCCCAUCGAGCAAAUUGAAAAGAAACUUCAGAUCCAGCGACAGCUCAAUGCCUCUGCAACCAGGGAUUUAGAGGAGAAACGAAGUCAUUUCGAUGGAUUGUCUCAAGCUGACGAUACUGAGGGGCCAUCUAAGUUUGAUGAGCAUGAUUUUGUGCCUCAUUUCCAAAGAGUUAACAUAAGUGGGGAAGAUACCAGUGGGGUGCCCCUAGAAGACUUGCAGCAAGCAUCUGGUAAACUGAUGGAUGCUUUACAUAUCCGUGAAUGUUACAUGGCAAUAUCACAUCAAAGCUUUCCAUCAAUGACUUCUAGGUUCCUCCGUUCUGUUAAUGCUGGUGUUCCACAGCCUCUCAUAAAAGUAAUACAUGAAGAUAAGAGAACAGUGGAAGAAGAUUUAAGUAAUGUUUCCGUUUCUGAAAAUCAUCCUGUGCACCCUCCAUCUAGUAGCGGAAAUCCGUGGGAAUGUGAUUUUCCAGGGAAUAAAAAUUAUAUAAUCAAACCAGUGGAUGGUGUUUUUCAAGUUUAUAAGGACCAGCAGGCUUUUGAAAUAAAAAAACCGAAUUCAUACCCAUACCAAACUCUAGAGACAUUUAUUUCUGAUAUGAACAAAUUGUGUAUGUUGAUAGCUGAUGGACCCUUAAAAUCUUUCUGUUACCGACGUUUGUGCUAUCUCUCCUCCAAAUUUCAACUUCAUGUUUUGCUUAAUGAGUUGAGAGAACUGGCUUCUCAGAAAGCUGUGCCUCACAGAGAUUUUUACAAUAUUCGCAAGGUAGAUACUCAUAUCCAUGCAGCCUCAUGCAUGAACCAAAAACAUCUGCUACGAUUUAUCAAAAAAACAUUGAAGAACCACAAGGAUGAAGUAGUCACUUGUGGAAAGGAAGGCGAAAUGACUCUAAGCCAAGUCUUUCAAUCUAUGAAAUUAACAUCUUACGAUUUAACUGUUGAUAUGCUAGAUGUCCAUGCGAUGGAAAACGAUAGACAAAUGGAAAAAUCUAUUGAUCCACAUACUUUGGAUCGAAAUACUUUCCAUCGGUUUGAUAAAUUUAAUUCCAAGUACAACCCAAUUGGUGAAAGUAGACUGCGUGAGGUUUUCCUGAAGACUGAUAAUUAUUUGAAUGGCAAAUAUUUCGCACGUAUCAUUAAGGAAGUUGCUUUUGAUUUAGAGGAAAGUAAAUACCAAAAUGCAGAACUGAGAUUAUCUAUUUAUGGAAAGAAUAGUGAAGAGUGGGACAAACUAGCUAGAUGGGCAAUCACUUACAAUGUAUACUCUGAUAACAUUCGCUGGCUCAUUCAAAUACCAAGAUUGUUUGAUGUGUUCAAAUCUAACAAAUUACUCUCCAAUUUCCAAGAAUUUUUGAACAAUGUUUUCUUACCUCUUUUCGAAGUCACCAAUAACCCUCGAAGUCAUCCAGAGCUGCAUAUGUUUCUGCAAUACGUUAUUGGUUUUGAUUCAGUUGAUGAUGAAAGCAAACCAGAAAACCCACUGUUCGACCGAGCUGCAGAUGUACCAACCCCAGAAAACUGGACUGAUGAUGAAAAUCCAUCCUAUGCAUAUUAUCAGUACUAUAUAUAUGCCAAUCUCACUAUUUUAAAUCACUUCAGAAAAGAACAAGGUUUAAAUACAUUCGUUUUAAGGCCUCACUGCGGUGAAGCAGGGCCUGUACAACAUUUAGUCUGUGGUUAUCUGCUAGCAGAGAAUAUUUCUCAUGGAUUGCUUCUGCGUAAGGUACCUGUACUUCAAUACUUAUAUUAUCUGGCUCAAAUCGGUAUCGCUAUGUCACCUCUGAGUAACAACUCUCUGUUCCUGAACUAUCAUCGAAAUCCGCUUCCCGAAUAUUUAUCCCGUGGUCUUUGUGUCAGUCUUUCAACGGAUGAUCCACUGCAAUUCCAUUUCACAAAGGAACCUUUGAUGGAGGAAUACAGUAUUGCUGCACAAGUGUGGAAAUUGAGCUCUUGUGACAUGUGUGAGCUGGCCAGAAACAGUGUGCUGAUGAGUGGAUUCCCACAUAGAAUGAAGCAAUAUUGGUUGGGCCCCAACUACACAAAAGAGGGUGUUGCCGGCAACGACAUUUCCCGCACAAAUGUCCCAGACAUUAGGGUGUCUUAUCGAGCAGAGACUUUGAUUGAAGAACUAUCCAACAUUUUUAAAGAAGCCUCACAAAAAAUUAGUAAUCAGCGUGAAAGUAAAUCAUAGAAAAUUAUCUGCUCUCGAAACUUUAUGGGAAGAGACCAUGUUAAUGAGCUCUUCUGAUCUUUCAAAUCAUUAACAGCACUCAGCCUCAUAAUGUAAUUUUUUCUUGGUUUGUCCUCCUCUUCUCUCUUUUAAUUGUGACCAAUUUUCAGCCUCAGUCAUUUUUUAAUCGAAGUAGAAAAACUUUACAAUGUACCUUAAAUGAUCAUUUUUAUGUAUCCUUUGGUGAUAACGAUUUUUAGAGAAUCAUCUCAUGACAUGUAUUUUUAACCAUCCACAGGAGAAGGGACCUUGGUUUUAUGCGCUAGCAAAAAUUUCAGGCGAAGUAGUUUUUGUCAAAUUGAAUUUUCGGCGGGAAAGACUUUUCCUAAUUAUAAGUUGUGAGCAAUUCAGCUCAACUUUUUGCCAACAGAGGGCUCAAAGUUGCAUUUUAAUCUAACAAUAAUUUUAAACCGUACAUAUGACAGAUUGAAACUUUGUUAAGCUUUACCUCAAAAUUAUAAAAUGCGAACGUUACAACUACAAAAACAAAUUUCUACUCAAUGUGCCAGAUUGCUUGUCAAAUACUGCUAUGAAUAAUGUUGCCAAUAUCUUAAUGUUGAUUUUUUGACAACAAGGUCCCUUCUAAGAUAGAUAGCCCUAUCUCAUAAAAAUUAGGUAAUUUGUUCGUCUUUCAGCUAAGCAACCAUGUUGAAUGUUUAACUCAAUUACUUUAUAAUGCAUCCCUCAAUUGAGUAUGUAAAACUGGCAGAAUUUAUUACAAAUAAAUUGAACAUCUGCCUAUUUUUGUGUUAAUUUGCUCCAGAAUCUACAAAAUAUUGUUUAUUAUGUAGUUAUUGAAAUCCUUGACUUAUAAUGGCAUUUAUAGUUUUAAACGUUUUUGAAACUAUUUUGUUCUAAAAUGAUUUCUUUUUAGCCUGUAAGAAUUUUAUACACCUGUAUGAAAACAAAUUUUUCCAGAAUUAAGCUAAUUUUUCAGUGAACUGUUUAACAGGAAUCAAUUGAAAUGAUGUCAGAUUGAAUUUUUAAAGGUAAUCCCUUAACUGCUGGAGAGUUCUAAAGAUUAGCUUUGGAUCUGGUGUGUCGUUAGUAGAUCAUCUAAGUCCGUGUUGUAAGGAAUGGUGCCUGUCAUGCAAGUUAAGAAUAUCCUCAUAAUAUUAGUGAGGGAAUUGAAGUUUAAGGUACUUAAGGUAAUAAGUAAAAUAAAAAAAAAAUUCUAAAUCUUGUCAGACUGCAGUAAGUAUUAUUUCUCACAAAAAUCUCCUAAAAAGAUAAUUGUAUCAUGGCAUAGUGAGAAUAUUUUUUAUUGCUUGCUACAGUGAGCAUCCUAAAAUUUCCAUAAUGAUCUUCCUGGGAGCUUUUGAAAGUUCAAGAAUGGGGACUUGCAAAAUCAGGAAAGCUGCAGUUGAAGUUCAGAAAGAAUUUCAUCAAAGAAAAAGUCCUUUAGUACCAAUAAAAACAGACCGCCUGACUUAUUAUUUGAAUCUUUCUCUCAAGUGGAAUAACUCGUUGAAUUAUAAAAAAUUGUCUUAAUUCUUGAUUAUUCCCUCACCUAAAAGCAAAAAGAUGAAACAAGAUGGCAUUGGCGCCUUUGCCUACCUCAGACAUGGCUCAUUUCAACUGCUUAUUACAUUCUCUUUUACAUUUGUUGCUUGAGAUUUUUAUCCAAAGUUCUAGGAAGCAUUAUGAAGUAAUUAGCAAGAGAAAUAAAAAAUUGCCAAUUUACCUAAGUCCCUUUUUAUUUGACUCAGUUUCUUGUUACCAAGAUCAUAUAAUGAAGUUAGAAACUAUUUAGGUGUUACUCAUGAUCGUUAAUCGUUAACGUUCCAAAUUUUUUUUUCCAUGAGUGCGCUUUGAAAUCACUAAAGUGGUUUGUAUCCUUGGACCCUUGAGUGAAAAUUCUAUUCUAUCUUACUUUUAAUUGUGAUUUUUAGUACAAUAUAUAUUGUUUUUUCUUUUAUUUCCUUUGUAAAGUUUGCAUGAUGAAUUGUGUCAAUUCGUAAAAUUGAUCCCCUUCCUUCAUUCUUAAUUCACAUGUCUACUCAUGGUUUCACUAUCUUGUUUUGUGCCAAUAACUUUACCAUUAAAAUAUUAACAUCUUUUUCUACUCGGA